UUUUUUUUUUCUUUCUAUUUUCACAUUCUUGAUCAUCUUUUUUCUUUAUUUCCUACUUUGUCAAGAAAGAUGGCAAGCCUCAUUCCGAAGCAAUCUGGAAUGACCGCAUUUCGGUCCAUUUCAAUUACUGUCGGCAAGGGCAUUCACCGUGCAGCCAAGUUAUCAUCCCGUAAUCCUAUAGAGAUGAUUGCUGGUAUUCUCAUUCUGUCUUCCUUCAGUUACUUUUAUUUAUUCAAUUUGGCUCGUACAUCCGAUAUUUUUUCUGGCACUGUUACGCGUCUCUACCCGACCUUCGUUUAUGCUGAUCCCUACGCCACUCAUUUCGAACAGCUCACACGGCAGGAGCAUUUCAAAAACCAACAACAACAGCAAAAAGAAAACAUGGACAUGAUGCGAAUUCAGCUCAAACAAAUUUCUAUUACAGCAGAUCAGAAAAAGGACGUUCGAGACAACGACCGAAAGAAUGUGAUUGAUAAGAAUAUCCUAUCGACUAUCUAUCGUUUUCAAACAACCGUCGAAAACACAGUUCUCGAUGAUAACAUUGGUCAAAUUGACUACAGUGCUUUAUGUUUCAAGGAUGCCAAUGGCGAAUGCUUUUCACAGACACUGUCAGACAUCUUUCUUGACGAUACGCUUUCCAGAGAUGACUCUAUAACGAAAGCCAUUCAACAGUAUCCGGAUAUGGCAAGGUCUAUUUUCGGAGACUUGAAUUUGAAUUCUUCGUCAGCCUCCUCUAUUGUUCUUUCAUUUGCCUUUAAUGCUUCCACAGAUUAUCGUCAACAACUCACCUAUCUUUGGGAACAAAAAGUCGCUACAUUGUCUUCGGGUGACCUUGUUUCCUAUUCAAAUACUGGAAAACAAGAAGAUGUCUUUACUUGGUUGUUUAUUAUUGCUCGCAACAUUUUCUUGCGUGUCACGGAAUUGAUCAAGAUGGCCGAUAAUAUCGACAUCGUCGUCAUUUUGGCGGGUUACGUGAUGAUGCUGAUAACAUUCAUUUCAUUGUACAUGAAUAUGCGUUCCAUGGGUUCCCGUUAUACUUUGGCCACAACCAUUCUUGUCAAUGGCUUUUUUUCGUUUAUGCUUGCUCUGCUGACCGUUCAUGCACUUGGUGUGGAUGUUUAUCCUGUCGUGUUAGCUGAGGCUAUGCCAUUUUUUACUGUGACGAUAGGUUUUGAGCGUCACUUUAAGCUCACUAAAAGAGUAUUUGAAGUGAGUAAAGAAAAGCCUUUGACCAAGCAAGUGAUCCGAAAAACAAUUAUUCGUGCGGUGGACUCUGUUGCUCUGUCUAUUGCGAGAGAUUGCAUCAUGGAGAUAACAGUACUUGUUCUAGGUGCAAAAUCCGGUAUUUCCGGUUUACGUGAAUUCUGUUUGCUCAGCGCCCUUUUAUUGGCCUAUGAUUUCAUCAUUAUGUUCACUUGGUAUACGGCUGUACUAUCCUUGAAACUUGAGCUAUUGAGAAUUCGUGAAAUUAACGGUACAUCAAAAUCAACAAAAAAGCCCACGGGAACAAGCUAUAUUCGUAAAACGGUAGUGAAAGCGUUCAGCGAUAGUACAAACACAAAUAGAAACUCCAGUUUGAAAGCGGAUGAGCCUUUGAUUGGCCGAGUCAAGUUAUUAAUGAUUGUUGGGUUUGUCGCUAUGCAAGCAUUUAAAGUUUGCACUACCUUCCAAGGAUCUACCAGUCCCCAGGUGAGCGUCAUUGAGCCGGGUAUCAGCACUGUAUUGGAUAAUCUUCUGAAUCAACAUCGUGCCUCUGAUUUUGGCCAUCUACCCAUUCUCGUGGAGGUCUUCCCGCCAUUGCCUUUCUACAUAUCCUCUUUCGCGGAUCGUUCUUUUAUUCCUGGCAGUAUCCGUAGACCCUUGGACAAGUUGUUCGAUACGUAUGCUGUCUAUAUUCAACAUCCCGUCAUUUCAAAAUGGAUCACACUGGCCUUAUUCGUCUCUGUAUUUUUGAACACUUAUCUCUUCAAGGUCGCGAAACAACCCACUACCGUCACCGCCAGCACCACCACCCCGUUACCCGAGUCUCCUGUGUUGGAAAAGAAGGUGCAGCCAGCACCCCCCGUCUCCUCCUCCUCCUCUUCUUCUCAAAAACCACGACCACCGCAAAACAAACUUGUCCCUCUUCCUCCGUCUCGUCCCUCCCAUCCACGCCACCCCACCACGACGGACACCGCUCAAAACGCCAUUCGUACGCUUGAAGAAUGCAUUGCAUUGACCACGACGCCUGAAGCUUUAUCGGAUGAAGAAGUGAUUCAACUUGUCCAAAAGGGCAAAAUGGCAUCGUACGCCCUCGAACGAGUCCUGGGUGAUUUUGAACGUGCUGUCCGCAUUCGUCGUGCCGUUAUUUCUCGUGCUUCCGUCACAAAGACGUUGGAAAACAGCUUGCUGCCCUUGCACAACUACUGCUACGACAAAGUCAUGGGGGCGUGUUGCGAAAAUGUCAUUGGUUAUAUGCCUAUUCCUGUCGGUAUCGCGGGUCCGCUCAACAUUGACGGUGUCAUGGUGCCUGUGCCCAUGGCGACCACCGAAGGCUGUCUCAUUGCUUCCACGGCUCGCGGCAGUAAAGCGAUCAAUAUGGGCGGUGGUGCGACGACGAUUUUGACAGCCGACGGUAUGACACGCGGUCCUUGUGUUGAAUUUCCGUCGAUUAUCGACGCUGCCCAGUGCAAACGCUUCAUCGAGGAAGAAGAAGGCAAUGCGAUCCUCACGCACGCUUUUAAUUCGACGUCUCGUUUUGCGCGGGUGCGCAAAAUGAAGGUGGCGUUGGCCGGCCGUCUGGUCUUUAUUCGUUUCUGCACCACCACAGGGGAUGCGAUGGGGAUGAACAUGAUUUCGAAAGGCUGCGAAAAAGCGCUUUCCGUCCUGCAAGAACACUUUCCUACCAUGCAAAUCGUCUCUUUAUCGGGCAAUUACUGUACGGACAAGAAGCCUGCUGCUGUGAAUUGGAUCGAAGGUCGUGGCAAAUCGGUCGUCGCGGAAGCCGUGAUUCCGGGUGAAGUGGUUGAAAAAGUGCUCAAGACCACGGUGUCCGCUUUGGUCGAGCUGAACAUUUCUAAAAACUUGGUGGGAUCCGCCAUGGCGGGCUCUGUAGGAGGCUUCAAUGCUCAAGCAGCCAAUAUCCUGACCGCUGUGUAUCUUGCCACAGGUCAAGACCCCGCCCAGAAUGUCGAGAGCUCCAACUGUAUCACGCUGAUGAAGGCCGUCCAUGGUGACCAAGACCUGCAUAUUUCGUGUAGCAUGCCGUGUAUUGAAGUCGGUACGAUCGGUGGUGGUACCAUUCUGCCACCUCAGCAAUCGAUGCUCGACAUGCUUGGUGUGCGCGGCCCGCAUCCGACAGAACCAGGUAAGAAUGCUCAGCAAUUGGCGCGUAUCAUCUGUGCCGCCGUCAUGGCUGGAGAGUUGUCUCUUUGUUCUGCUCUCGCUGCGGGUCAUUUAGUCAAAGCGCAUAUGGCUCAUAAUCGUAAUACAGCACCUCUUCCUGGUAGUUGCAUUAAAUCUUAACACAUAACUACACGAUGGAUAUUCUCCUACACGAUGAAUGAAAAAAAAAAAAAAAAAAAAAAA